GAUACGGAAAGAGAACGCGCCCGCAUGCCUGUCGUCACAAGGGUUCCGAGGCCUGUCAGUGCGCCAGGACGUGUCAGUGACCCCGCUACCAACCCCCAUGCCCCAGAAUCCCAGUCGAGCCGAGUCCUGGUAACCCACCCCAGGCUCGCUUGAAGCCCGAGCAGUAACUGCUGAUCGAUUUGGCCGGCGGCAGGUGAUUUGCCUCAUGGACGAGGCGGAGGCGGAAGCGGCGGGCGGAGGGGGAGGCAAGGCGGCUGCGGCUGCGACGGUGAUGGGCGCCGUCGAUUCUGCGCUGCCGGAGUCUGCCCCCGGCGUCUUCGAUGUUAAUAUGAAUCCCCUGAAGAGGUCCCUGGAGCCAUUUGUUGAAGAUGAUCAAGCAGACAGGCAGAAACGGCAGAAUACAGAAUGUCAGGACUUCACUCCGAGAAGGGUGGAUGCAGAACAAAAUAAUUUGGCAUCUGCCAUUUCGAGAAGCAAGAUGUCAAUGGUUGAGGCUGAUUUGAACAGAGAUUCCAGGGAUCUACUCCCGGAUCUGUCUUCUGUUAAAGACAGAAAUGGAUGCAAUGUAGGCACAUCAGGAGUAAAUGUUGAUUCUAGCAUCAGUUUUAUCUUUGAGUACUGUGACAAGCUUCCAAAGGACAAGUAUCACACCACAAGACCUUCAUUUGAGUUUACCCAUCACGAUGAUGGUUUUGUGUGUACAUUAACACUACCAUCUAGUGAUGUGCUACCGCCUUUGGUGGGUCCAAAAGCAAGAAGCAAGCAGAAAGCAAAACAACUUGUUUGUCUUGAUGCGCGUAAGCAGCUGGAUCUGCUAGGAGUGCCUGGUGACUCCCUUUGUCCAUCUGUUGAAGACCCACCGCUGGAAAUUGUGAACAAAGCAAGUGUUCUCACAUCUAAUGCUGGUGUUGGUACAACCAAACGGAAGGAGCUACAUGGUACAACCAGAGUCUGUGCCUUGUCUGGUACCUGGGCAUCCAAGAGAACUGUUAUUAAGCUUCAAGGCUACAAGUUGAAUUUUUCUUGUGAUCAAGUUGGUCAGAAAUACUCUGAUUUUGUUCUGUUAAUUGAUACAACUAUAGAAAAUGAAGCUGCUAAUUUGGAUAUUAAUCUAUACCUGCAUGACAAGAUGGUAAAAGCUUCAGUCUCUCCAUGUGGCCUUCUUGAGUUAGAUGUUCAACAGAUGGAAAAGGCAAAGCUAUUUCAAGCACUUAUCUUUAACGGUUUGUUUGGAAAGUUGUUCACUGGAUCAAAAUCAUCUAACUCUCCGAGGGAGUUUAUUCUCAACAAAGACGACUCACUGAUCUGGAAUAAUGCAAAUAUGUAUUUGCUUUUACCUAUGGAUCCUACUCUAGAGUCUCAUGACAGUUUUUGCAUUAACUGGAGAUUGAUCGAUGAAGCUGCUACAGCUGUUGGACUAAUGAGAAAGGUUCAUUCUGAUGACAAAAUGAACUUACUUGCAAUACUUGAUAUCGACCAAAAUGAUGGAGAUCUAAUUCAUCUUGCUAACACAUCAUGUGAGGCCCAUGUCCUUCGAAAUGUGGCAGUGCUGGCUGUUCACACGGGGAAGAUAUAUACUUCUCUUCAUGUUACUGAUUUAUCUUCUAAUAGCACAUUUGAUGGUGUAUCGGAUAAGAAAGAAACAGGGUUCAAGACAUUUAAAGAAUAUUUUGAAAAGAAGUAUGGCAUAGUUCUUCGUCAUCCUUCACAGCCAUUACUAGUGCUGAAACCCAGUCAUAAUCCUCACAACCUUCUUUCCUCAAAGAUCCGAGAUGAAGGUAAUGGUGAGAACAAAAAUAAUGGCACAACAGAUGUAAUUAAGGUGAACAACCGUGUUCACAUGCCCCCGGAGUUGCUAAUUCCCCUUAAUUUACCUGAGGACAUUCUGAGAGCAUUUUAUUUAUUCCCAUCUUUGAUGUAUCGUAUGGAGACACUAAUGCUAGCUAGUCAGCUAAGAAGUGAAGUUGCAUACGAUUCUAAUAUAUCGAGCUUUCUGAUUCUGGAAGCUAUUACAACACUGCGAUGCUCUGAGGACUUUUCUAUGGAGCGUCUAGAAUUAUUGGGGGAUUCUGUGCUGAAGUAUGCCGUGAGUUGUCAUCUUUUCCUGAAAUUUCCGAAUAAGCAUGAAGGGCAAUUAUCAUCCAGUAGGACUGAUAUAAUAUCUAAUGCGGCGCUUUAUAGGCUUGGAAUUGAACACAAAAUACAGGGUUACAUACGUGAUGCUGCAUUUGAUCCUCGUCGAUGGCUUGCACCGGGGCAGCUCACUAAUCGUCCUUUUCAUUGCAAAUGCCCAGUUGAUUCUGAGGUUGUAACUAAGGAUAUUCAUGUCAUUGAUGACAAACCUACUAUUAAAAUAGGCCAGGCAUGUGAUAAGGGACAUAGAUGGAUGUGUUCCAAAACAAUUUCUGAUUGUGUCGAAGCUAUUAUUGGUGCAUAUUAUGUAGGAGGUGGAUUAAGAGCAGCUGUGGCUUUUCUCAGAUGGUUGGGGGUUGAUGCUGAAAUUGAGGAAGAAUUGAUUAUGCAGACCAUCUUGAGUGCAUCUAUGCAGACAUAUCUUCCAAAAAUUGAUCUAACUGAAGCUCUUGGGGCUAAACUAGGCUAUGCAUUUUCGGUGAAAGGUCUUCUGUUAGAGGCUCUUACCCACCCAUCACAUCAGGAAUCAGAAGAAAGAUACUCCUACCAGCGUCUAGAGUUCCUUGGCGAUGCUGCCUUGGAUAUUCUCUUAACAUGGCAUCUUUUCAAUAGUCAUAAAGACACCGAUGAGGGGGAGUUGACAGAUUUAAGGUCUGCAUCAGUAAACAAUGAAAACUUUGCAAAAGUUGCAGUAAAGCACAAAUUCCACCACUUUCUCCAGCAUUCUUCAGAGAUUUUACUGGACCAAAUUACUGAAUACGCAAAUAGUCUGGAAAAUUCAUCCAUGGAUGAAAUUAACCUUUCAUCGGAUGCUCCAUUAAGGGGGCCUAAAGUUCUAGGUGAUAUUGUAGAAAGCAUUGCGGGUGCAAUUCUUAUAGAUACCAAACUUGAUUUGGAUGUAGUUUGGGGUGUUUUUAAACCUCUUCUUUCCCCUAUCGUCACACCUGAGAACCUGGAGUUGCCUCCAUUCAGAGAGCUUCUUGAAUGGUGCAACAGAAAUGGGUACUUUCUAGGAAUUAAGUGUACAGAUGGAGAAAAACUACAGGCUAUUCUGGAUGUACAACUCAAGGACAUGCUCGUUGUCAGGCGAGGUUUUGGCAAGAACAAAAAAGAUGCUAAAGCACACGCAGCUUCCAUGUUACUGAAGGACCUUGAGGAAAAAGGUCUUAUAAUAUCAAAGAAUGCCAUCAGAAUGGAACAAUUUGAGAAGCAAUGGGGUAGUGCAAAUCAUUGCCACAACAUGUUUGAUGCAGUGGAUACACAGGUUCUAACACCAGCCAGGGGAAAGGAACCACUUGAUAAACCAGUGCACUUGGCAGUGAAAACGAGUAAAGGAGGACCUCGCAUAGCACUGUAUGAGUUGUGUAAAAAGUUACAAUGGCCAGCGCCUAAGUUCGUUUCUGUGAAAACACAACCAAGCGCCGCCGGUGGUUCGUCGAUGAAAGCUACAACCCAAGAGUUCUCCUUCGCUUCAAACAUAACAUUGCAUGUGCCAAAUAGUGAUGUGAUCAGCCUCAGAGGAGACGGGUUCGCGGAUAAAAAGAGCUCACAGGACUCUGCUGCACUGCUCAUGCUCCACGAGCUUCAGCGGCAAGGUAGAUUGCAAGUCCAGGAGGUAGGUCCGUAGGUAUGAUCCAAGCAGCAACCACAGAUCGUCGCCCGUGAAAGCUAUGAUGUAGUAAUUAUUCUUCUUUUUUAUUUGGGGAUGCUAUCAAAUAUUAUUUCCCAUUCGUUGGGCAUGUUUAGAGAGAGACAUUGGCUGCUCCUAAAUAUGUCGCGUCUUCUGGAUAUAAAUAAAUGGGUGUGAGUGGGAGGAUGCAAAUAUCUACACUUUAUUUUGGCGAUUAUGAACCAAUUGAUAAGGGAGUUAAGGAGGGGCCACGCGGCACCUUGGCAACGCAAGUCCUUGGCCGGGUUGUUCAGUUCAAAGGACUUUGUGAUCCAUCUAUCAGACUGCAGUGUGUCACUUCAACACCUCAAUUUGAUACCUUGCAGUUACUUGGAUGCUGAUAAGGACUACAGCAGCUUUGUUGCAAUGGUCAGAGGGAUUUACCACAGCCCUUCAUGCCCUGGGGAUGUUUCAUCCUGGCUGUCUUUAAUCUCGAAAGGGGUUAAUUUCUGGCAGGCUGACUUGCUAUUGAACCAUAUUGUGAUGACCGAAGAGAAGCGGCUUUUGGAGCAUUAUAUCGCUAUACCACAGCUUCUUAGAGUUUGAGCAUGCUGAGAGGACCAAGUUCAACAGAAUGCUGAAGUCUAAGCCGAUGGUGAAGUAUGAAUCCUGGCAAUACGAUUACUUCAGCUUCAGACUUCUCAAUAAUACAAGUUCUGGAGAGACAUUUUAGGCAAACGAGUCAUCUAUGAGAAGAAUGUAAAGUUCUGCUACAAUUAAUCAGGAACUGUUGGGAGCACAGGGCUCAGUUUCUGCAUGGCUCUCCGGUUGCUGUGUUACUGCUUGAGUAUCCGGACCUACCGUCAGAUCUGCAGAAGGUACUUUUUGAUGCGGGGUAUUUCAAGACUUCGGCAAUGUGAUGGGUCUUGCAUUCGAUGAGAUGACAGCUGAUAGACAAUACACUAACUGGAUUUUUUUUUUCUCAUUUCUUUAUUUGAGAAAAAAAUGAUUAGGAUAUGAAUCGCUAGUUUUCCUGUGUAACCUUGCUGUCUGCAUCAGCUGGACUAGGCUACUUCUGUGGAGUCGAAUGUUGCCUUUUGAGCCUAGCUAUGCUGAAAGAACCAUAUUCAGAUUGAACGUGCGUAAAGGAGCCAGUUACAUCAGACAGAAUGUGCAUAUUGUUUUUCCUUGUAUAUGCAUCAAUUGGAUGCGCAGAAAGGUUGUUGGCCUUUUGAGUGUUUUUCCUGAUAAUAUGAGCUUUGAGCUUAGCCGGUUGUUAGUAAUAUAGUCUGGCACUGGCAUUGUAUGAUAAUAUUGAUUUUGGUCAGAGGCAAGCGUGAUGGCUGCACGCACUUGGAAUUA